UUGCAUCAAAAAAGGUGAGAAAUGAAGAAAACAGCAAAACGUGAACAAACAAAAAAAUUCGAAACAAAAAUAAAACAACGACAUUCCGCUUGCCCGUUGUUUAGCAGCGCGGCAUUUCAAACAAUAAUUAUUUUUUUCAGAAAAAUGCGGAUUUUAUCGAUUUUCCUGGGGAUUAUCGUGAUUGCUCAUGCCAGAGUCAACAGAACUGUUGGAGCACUUUGGAAUCUUGAAGAAGUCACCGAAUGCGAACUUCAUUAUAACGCUUUGGUAGGGUUUUAUUGAUUUUUCCUGGAAACAAUGAGGAAUUUCUAGGUUUAUAACAAUUAUGGUUGUUGGUGUGGAAUUGGAGGAUCUCACGAACCUGUGGAUGGUAUCGAUGAAUGCUGUAUGCAUCACGAUAAAUGCUAUGACGCGGCCGUAGAUCAAAAAGUAAGAAUUUUAUUGAUAAUCUGAAGCAAAAACGCUCUAUCGCACAGAUUUGCCCCAACGUGGAAUUCGAAUACGUGGAUGAUUACACGUGGCAUUGUAUUGAUAACGUGGCACAAUGUGCUGAUACCAACACGGGAUGUAAAGCAGCAAUGUGUGAAUGUGACAAAAAAGUGGUGGAAUGUUGGGGAAAAUUCGCGAAACCUGAGAAAAAACCGAAAUGUAAUCGAACAAAUUGGGCGCGACAAACUAAACAUUUUCAACAUUGA